AUGAAUAUUAACUCUAUUUUUUCCUAAACUACAUUAUUUUCUCUAUAUUUUUAUACGUAUACAUUCCAUAUAAUAAAUGUCGACUUUCUAAAAUUUCUAAUCCAAAGCGCACAAAUCAAAUCUGCACUUCUCAUCUUCCCUAUAAUCUUCUACUCGUAUUUCACAUAUCAUAGAACUGCCCCACCACCACCACCACCACCACCAACACAUCAAUGGCGAAUACAACCUCCGUAGAUCCCCGUAACGGCUUCAAUUCCACCACCAAAAUCUUCCACAGCCUCCGCCCUCCGGCACCUCUCCCUCCACCAUCACAACCACUCUCCAUCACCGACUACACACUCUCCCUCCUCCAAUCCAACCCUACAUUCUCCCCCAAUACCGAUUUCCUCAUCGACUCCACCACCGGCCACCGCCUCUCCUACUCCGAUUUCAUCCGUCAAACUCACUCUCUAACCGCCUCACUCGCCACAAUUCUUCCACCACAUGUUAAAAAUCAAGUUGCACUGAUCCUAUCUCCAACUUCCUUACACAUUCCGGUAUUAUAUUUCUCUCUUCUAGCCCUAGGCGUCACUAUUUCACCUGUUAAUCCGGUUUCAACCAAAUCGGAGUUAACUGACCUUGUUCGGAUUAGUAAUCCUGUAAUCGCCUUCGCUACAUCCGCCGUUAGUUCUAAACUACCGUCGUCGUUUCCGUUAGGUACGAUUAUCAUCGAUUCUCCACAAUUCGUGUCAAUGUUACAAAAUUCAAGCUCUGGCGUCAUUCAUCGGAAAGUUAACCAGUCCGAUACGGCGGCGAUUCUGUAUUCCUCCGGUACAACCGGCAGAAUCAAAGGUGUGCAGUUAUCUCACCGGAAUUUCAUCGCGAUAACCUCCGCUUCACAAAUUAGUAGAUUCACGAGAGACGAAGAUGCAUCUGCAUCUCCACAACCGCAUCCGGUUUCGUUGUUUCCGUUACCUUUAUUUCACGUUUUUGGAUUUUUUAUGUUAAUUAGGGCUACGUCGCUCGGUGAGACGCUGGUUUUGAUGGAGAAGUUUGAUUUUAAUAAUAUGUUGAAAUCGGUGGAGAAGUAUAAGGUGACGUAUAUGCCGGUGUCGCCACCGCUCGUGGUGGCGAUGGCGAAAUCCGACGUCGUUUUGAAGUAUGAUAUGAGUUCGCUUCUGUUGAUUGGUUGUGGUGGUGCUCCGCUUGGAAAAGAAGUGGCUAAGAGCUUCGCGGUGAGGUUUCCUCAUGUGGAGAUUGUGCAGGGGUACGGUAUGACAGAGACUGGGGGAGGGGUUACAGGAAUGAGCAAUCCAGAUGAGUGUGAACGCUAUGGAUCCGCCGGCCGUUUAUCAUGUAACGUGGAGGCCAAGAUAGUUGAUCCUGAAACUGGUGAGGCUUUAUCGCCUAUGCAACAAGGAGAACUAUGGCUAAGAGGGCCCAUGAUCAUGAAAGGUUAUGUUAGAGAUAAGGAAGCAACUGCUGCAACUAUGGAAUCUGAGGGGUGGUUAAAGACUGGUGAUCUCUGUUAUUUCAAUUAUGAUGGUUUCCUUUUCAUUGUUGACCGAUUAAAAGAAUUAAUCAAAUAUAAGGCUUAUCAGGUCCCACCAGCUGAAUUAGAGCGCUACCUUCAAUCAAUCCCAGAUGUUGUAGAUGCUGCUGUGAUUCCAUAUCCAGAUGAAGAAGCUGGGCAAAUUCCCAUGGCGUAUGUUGUGAGAAAACCUGGAAGCAAAAUCAGCGAGGCCCAAAUCAUGGAGAUAACUGCAAAACAGGUAUCACCAUACAAAAAGAUUAGAAAAGUUGCAUUCAUAAACGCAAUUCCGAAGACCCCAGCAGGAAAGAUAUUGAGAAGGGAGUUGGUUAAGCAUGCUUUAUCUGGUGCUUCAUCUAAAUUGUAAUCAGUUAUAGUUCAUCACUAUUUGUUUAAUUCCAGAUACAUUGUUUUAUAAGGUGGUUUCUUAGAGUAAACUUCCAAUAUCGUAAUUAUUUUGCUCUGAUGGACUACUACAUACAUUGUGUGGGACAAAUAAUUUGUUCAUAUUGUUCCAAGGAAUUCGUUGUCCAAUCUUGUUUGUAUAUAGAUUGGGCUACUUUGAUUUCCUGA